AGACCCCUGGUGGUGAUCUGAAAGGUGAAAGCCUGGGGGUGCAGGAACUGAAGCCGCGGCUUCCAGCACGAAUUCUCCCCUUCUGGUCAACCUCUAGUUGCCCGAGAGCCCCACAACUCUCGGCCGCUGUCCACCCAUCCCCGAGGGCCCCUCGCCUCACCUGCGCUUGCCGCGCCCGAGCGUCCUGUCCGGCCGUCGCGAUGAGCGAGCUCAACACUGAAACAUCCCCGGCAACUAACCAGGCAUCUGGCUCAGAAGAAAAAGGGAAGGCUGGUAGCACCAAGAAAGCCGAGGAAGAGGAGGAGAUCGAUAUUGACCUAACAGCACCAGAAACUGAGAAAGCUGCCCUGGCCAUUCAGGGCAAGUUCCGGCGAUUCCAGAAAAGGAAAAAAGAUCCCAGCUCAUGAAUGGCUAGCCUUGUCCUUCACCCUGCUACCUUCUUUCCCUUUCUCCACAGCCCUGACUCUUAUAUAUCUUGUCCCUUGGUCUGGUUAACUUCUCAUUGAGGCAAUUUCAACCUUUAUAUAUUCUUUUUUCUCACCCUGUCACAGCAGGAGCAUGGAGAAGAUGAAGUCUUUAGUUGACAGCCACCUGCCUAAGGGUGGAUCCGUUUCUCCUUGAACUAAGGCUCUGGAUCAGUACCCAUGCCUUCCCUGUGUGCUCAGAGAACAAAAGGCUUCAGUUUGAGAGGACAUUCCCCAACCAUGUGUGAAGGAGAGAAGUCUUCAGAGUAGGGUGCUGGAUGGGGGGGGUGAGAAAUGAACUAUUAAGCCCUUUAUAACUGCUACACUUUAAUGUUUCAUUCUUUCCCUAUCACCAUUUCCAACCUCUCUCCUGUGAAGCCACCUUGGUACUGGAGCCUCCCCCCUCUCCCCCCCCCCCCAGGCAGAGCUAAAUCAAGUAGCUUACCACAUUAGUGCAUGCUCAGUAGGUUAGUUCCUAGGAAGGAAGAUUAAGACUGGGGCAGGCAGAAGUUUCCUUUAUCAUGUAGUCUAGGACUAGAUGACAGCCUAUGGGGCCAUACACAGGUGAGUGAAGGCUAAGGGAGAUUUAGGGAGGAAAGAAAAGUAAAGAAGGGGAAUAUCUCCCAAGCUGUAAGUUACUCCUGGUAGAUUUGUACUACAUGAAGGAGCUUUGCUAACCUGCCUACCUCUAACUCCCCACUCCCCCAACUGUAGCCAUCCCCAGAGACCACAUGAGCCAAGUGAAUCCCUGUAGUUUCCACCUGUCUCAUUGUGGAGUCAGAGCAGAAAUGGAAUAGCUACUCUGUAAUUUUAGCAUGUUUGAUAAUAAUAAUAAUAAUAAAAACUC